AUGAUUUCAGAGCAACAAGGUGCAUUCAUUAAGGGUAUAAAUAUACAUGAAAAGAUAGUAUUAGCAUCUGAAUUAGUGAAUGAAAUUGAUAUUAAAUGGAGGGGAGGAAAUGUUGGGCUCAAAAUAGAUAUUACACAAGCAUAUGAUUCUCUGAGCUGGAACUUUUUGUUUGAAGUGUUGAGAAGAUUUGGUUUCUCAGAGCUUGGAAUUCAGUGGUUAAAGAAGAUAUUUGAAUCAUCUAGGAUAUCAGUUCUUGUAAAUGGUGGUCCUUGUGGUUUUUUGAUGUGGGAGAGGAUUAAGACUGGGAGACCCUCUCUCACUAAUUCUAUUUGUGUUAGCUGA